AUGAAUGAGAAGACAAAUGGGGAGCAGUGGCUUAUGAAUGGCCAAUUCAGUAUUAAACAACACAAUAAGGCUCUACUGAAUGAUAGAAGGCAAGUUACAUGGAGUAAAUAUGUGUGGAAUAGGUACACAUUACCUAAGCACAGACUGAUCAUGUGGCUAGCUGUGCAAGAUCGUCUUAAGACAAGGCAGAGAUUGAAACAAAUUAAUGUGUGUGUUGAUGACCAGUGUCUCCUCUGUCAGCAACACCCUGAGACAAUCAAGCAUUUGCUAUUUGAGUGUAAGUUCAGUGAGCAAUGUAUUUCCUCCAUCAUGCAAUGGUUGGGCAUAAGAUGGAUGCAGAGAAACCUUCUCCAGUUUUGCAGGUGGGCAAAGGAUAAAUACAAAAGUAACAAGACUAGGAAGAUGGUGCUAAUGGCUGUUGUGGCUGCUACUGUGUACCUGAUUUGGAGAAAUAGGAACACUGCCUACUGGGACCAAGUCAUAAUGACUGUAGAUAAAGCUGUCUAG